UUGUCAUCAGAAGGAUUAAUGUCUGCAUUAGCAUUUCCGCAAUAAAAUCAGAAGCUAAGUGGUGGAGGCCACAGACACCUCAAACCUGGAUUCUACGGCUCAGCAUUAAGUGCUGGAGUUUUUAUUACUUGCAGUAGGGAAGCCUUUGCCAAUGCUUACAAGGAACUGCUUAUCCCUUCUUCUUUGGGUCCUGUUUGAUGGAGGUCUCCUAACACCACUGCAGCCACAACCACAGCAGACUUUAGAAGCCGAGCCAAGAGAAAAUGUUGUCACAAUGCCAGGGAGGAGGUCAUCCGCCCAGCGGGUCAAACGAGGCUGGGUAUGGAAUCAAUUUUUUGUGCUGGAGGAAUACAUGGGCUCCGAACCUCAGUAUGUGGGAAAGCUUCAUUCUGACUUGGAUAAGGGAGUGGGCACUGUAAAAUACACCCUCUCAGGAGAUGGAGCUGGCACAGUUUUUACUAUUGAUGAGACCACAGGGGAUAUACAUGCCAUAAGGAGCCUUGAUCGAGAAGAAAAGCCUUUCUACACACUCCGUGCUCAGGCUGUGGAUAUAGAUACCAAGAAACCACUGGAGCCUGAAUCAGAGUUCAUCAUCAAAGUGCAGGACAUUAAUGAUAAUGAGCCAAAGUUUCUGGAUGGACCCUAUGUUGCCAGUGUCCCAGAAAUGUCUCCAGUGGGUGCUUAUGUGCUUCAAGUCAAAGCUACAGAUGCUGAUGAUCCCACGUAUGGAAACAGUGCCAGAGUGGUUUACAGCAUACUUCAGGGGCAACCAUAUUUCUCCAUUGAUCCUAAGACAGGUGUAAUAAGAACAGCUUUGCCAAACAUGGAUCGGGAGGUUAAAGAACAGUAUCAAGUUCUGAUCCAAGCCAAGGACAUGGGAGGACAGCUGGGAGGACUAGCUGGCACUACCACUGUAAACAUCACUCUCAUGGAUGUAAAUGACAACCCGCCCCGGUUUCCGAAGAGUAUAUUCCAUUUGAAAGUUCCUGAGUCCUCACCUGUUGGUUCAGCUAUUGGGAGAAUCAGAGCUGUGGAUCCUGACUUUGGGGAAAAUGCUGAAAUUGAAUACAACAUUGUUCCAGGAGAUGGAGGAAACUUGUUUGACAUCACCACGGAUGAGAACACACAGGAAGGGGUUAUCAAAUUGAAAAAGCCAUUGGACUUUGAAACAAAAAAGGCAUACACCUUUAAAGUAGAGGCCUCCAAUCUCCAUCUUGACCAUCGAUUUCAUUCUGUGGGUCCAUUCAAAGAUACUGCUACCGUGAAGAUCAAUGUGUUGGAUGUGGAUGAACCUCCCAUUUUCAGCAAACCUAUGUACACCAUGGAGGUUUAUGAGGAUACACCUGUUGGGACUAUUAUAGGUGCUGUAACUGCACAGGACCUUGAUGUGGGCAGCAGUUCUGUUAAGUACUUCAUAGAUUGGAAGAGUGAUGUGGACAGCUACUUUACAAUAGAUGCAACUGAAGGAACCAUUGCAACUAAUGAAUUAUUGGACAGAGAAAGCACCGCCCAGUAUAAUUUCUCUAUAAUUGCAAGUAAAGUUAGUAAUCCGCUAUUAGCCAGCAAGGUCAACGUUAUAAUAAAUGUCUUGGAUGUCAACGAAUUUCCUCCAGAAAUUUCAGUGCCAUAUGAAACAUCUGUAUGUGAAAAUGCAAAACCAGGACAGGUAAUUCAAACUGUCAGUGCUGCAGACAAAGAUUUGUCACCGGCUGGGCAAAGAUUUUCAUUUAGACUGUCACCAGAGGCUUCCACCAAACCAAAUUUCACAGUCCAUGACUACAGAAACAACACAGCUGGAAUUGAAACCAGGAGAAGUGGUUACAGCCGUAGGCAGCAGGAGUUGUAUUUCCUCCCAGUUGUGAUAGAAGACAGUAGCUAUCCUGUACAGAGCAGCACAAACACAAUGACUAUCCGGGUUUGCAGAUGUGAUUCUGAUGGUACCAUUCUAUCCUGCAAUGUUGAAGCAAUCUUCCUACCAGUAGGCCUCAGCACUGGGGCUUUGAUUGCAAUCUUGCUAUGUAUUGUUAUACUCCUAGUCAUUGUUGUGCUAUAUGUAGCAUUGAGAAGGCAAAAGAAAAAAGACACCCUGAUGACCUCUAAAGAAGACAUCAGAGACAAUGUCAUCCAUUAUGAUGAUGAAGGAGGUGGAGAAGAGGACACCCAGGCUUUUGACAUUGGUGCAUUGAGGAAUCCAAAAGUGAUUGAAGAUAAUAAAAUACGCAGGGAUAUAAAACCAGAUACUCUCUGUUUCCCACGUCAAAGACCACCAGUGGAAGAUAACAGAGACAUAAGAGAUUUCAUAAAUCAAAGGCUGCAGGAAAAUGAUGUAGAUCCCACUGCACCCCCUUAUGACUCACUGGCAACCUAUGCCUAUGAAGGAAAUGGAUCUGUAGCAGAGUCUCUCAGUUCUAUAGAUUCACUUACGACAGAGGCAGACCAGGAUUAUGACUACUUGGGUGACUGGGGACCACGGUUUAAAGUCUUGGCAGAGAUGUUUGGAGAAGAAGAAAGUUAUAAUCCUGAUAAAGUCACUUAGGGGGAAAAACACAAAACAAAACAAAAGUAAAAGAAAAGCAAAUGAACCAGAAAUUAAAAACAAAACCCAAGCUUUAUAGAACAAAAAAUGUAUGAUUAUAAAAGACAGCAACUGUUUUCAGCAAGUUACUAUAUCAUACUGUCAGUUUUGGUUUGCUCUGCAAAGA